UAGAAAAAUGACGAGCUGGAUAUUUGUGACGAUCGUCUGCUGCUUGGUCAGUGGACUGCAGGCGCAAACCAACUAUUGCACCACAACUUACUGUUCUGCCGGAGUACCGAACGUCGGUUGUAAUCCGCCUGCAACAACUGGAGGUCCUGCUUGCGUUGGAAAGAGUCCUGCGGUCGUGGUGCUAGACUCCACUCUACAAUCGUUGAUUCUUUCCGAGCACAACACCCGUCGAUCCCAGCUUGCUGUAGGUCAGUUGGGAUUCCUUCCUGCAGCUAGAAUGCCCACGAUAACCUGGGAUGCGGAACUGGCAAAGCAAGCUGGCAACAACGCGCGUAGCUGUGUCUAUGGACAUGAUCGUUGUCGUAACACACCAGUCUAUGCAUGGGCCGGUCAGAACAUUGCUAUGUCGCAAUUUUACGGCAUGACUAAAACCACUUCUCAGUUGGUUCAGGAGGGUAUUAACGCUUGGUGGAGUGAAUACAACGUUACAAACCAAGGUCAACUCACUUACUAUCCUACUACUCCUCCAAGUUCUGUCAUUGGACAUUUCACCCAAAUGGCGAGCGAUAAAACUAACAAAAUGGGAUGCGCUAUGCAGUACUGGUUGGAUGGCCAGUGGAAAACGUACUACUUUGUUUGCAACUAUGCCGUCACGAACGUCGGCAAUCGUCCAACGUACAAAACUGGAACCGUCACCUCUGGAUGUAUUACGGGGAUCAAUCCAACGCUGAACGGACUGUGUUCGACUGCCGAAGUCAUUAAUCCUGUUCCCAACUAAUUUAAUGCGCUAGAAUUAAGCUCUAAUGUGACAGACGUUGUCCGAAAUGAAUGAAUUAUGCAUUGAAGAGACGAGGUCAUAUUGCAGAUUCGAUUUUUUUUGUCUUUUUAUCAAGCUGUUAAAAUAAAAUUUGAAUUUGCAAUCCAAA